AUGAACAAGAAAAGAGUUUGGAUUGGAGUCGUUAUUCUAGCUGUCGUUCUCAUCAUAAUCGCCGUUAUAGUCACUCUCGUAUUAGUGCUGAGAAAGAAACACAAGCCCGAAGAGACGAGUUCCCAAUCGUUAGACGAUAUUCUCAGUGAUGGUUCGAUAUUUCCCAACGGAAGCUAUCAGAUAGCGGUAGACUCGCUGAAAUCGGGAAAUCUGACUAAAGCUCCUCUUCUGGUGGACAUUGCAAUGCUCAAUUCGUUUGGUCUUCGUGUUGACAAUUCAUCACUGAUAGCUGAGGAGGGUCGUUUGAGUUAUUUCUUUGUUCGACUACCAUAUGUUGGUGACGAUGGGGCAGUCGGGGUUCGAUUUGGUGACUCGAAAUCGAUAAACGUGAUCCCAUUGAAUCUUUCGAUCGAUUCGAGCUCGGGUGUUGCUUUACUUGGAAGGCUGCCCGAUAACACCCUCGUUUACAAGUUAGAAAUACGAAUAGCCGACGCGAUGUGCUCAAACAGUGCCGAUGGAACUUGCUCGAGUGUCUCAUGGACUCCAUACUAUAUUGAGAGUGACAUUUCUGGUUCGCCAGCCAACUUCAAUAAUGAUCUCCCUGUUGCAUGUGGAUCUCAAUGUGACACGGAUGCGAGCUCUCCUUGUGCUGUAUCUUGCACACAAUGCGAUGGACAACAAGUGGCCGGCAGUGAUACACCUGUGAGCCGACGAUACAGGAUGAGCUCCACGUCCGCUCAAGGCCUCAAAUUCAUAUACGACACUUAUCAUAUAAAGGAUGUGGUCCGUGUAAGCUAUGAUGGUAAAAACAUAUUCGAUAGCGAUUGUGUUGGCACUGAAGGAAAUAAGAUGAUCAUGCUCAAUUAUAACGGUAAAUCGAUGGAACUUCGUGUCGACGUGGAACCAAACUGCGAGCACACAACGGGCACUGUUUGGGACUUCACUCUACCCUGUGCCCCAACCCCAACGCUUGGUUUUGAUUUAGCAUUUCAAAUAAUCAAGCCUAGUGACUUUGAAUGUAUGGCAAAGAAUGGCUACGAGUUCUUUAUCGGUCACAUCUCGUUCUCGUCGAACGGAAGCGUCAAUCCAACCGGAGUCUCAAAUGUCAGAACGGCUCUACAAUCUGGCUUCUGGGCUGAUGCAUAUAUUUACCCUUGUAUUAAAUGUGAUGCUCAAACUCAGGUCAAGUUGGCCAUCAGUGCACUAAUGUCAGCUGUUCCUAAUUUCCAUGGCAUCGUUUGGCUUGAUGUUGAAGUCAACCCGCGUGCACCUUGGCCAAAGGAUAUCCCGACGAAUCUCCAAACUAUCGCCUCAUUCGCUAGCGCACUUGAUACAUAUUAUCCCAAUUGGGGGAUCUAUACGAGAAAAGGGAACUGGAACACUAUCACGGGAAAUGUUUUGACAUAUUCGCAUAAGCCGCUAUGGGCUAUCAAUUCUGCCAGCACGGAUUCUUUAACCUUCGCCGGUUGGACGAGUUCCCUGAUGAGUCAAUGGGAUUUGAGUGGAAGCAAGGAGUGCGGAAUGGGAAUCGACAAAGACUAUUUUUACGGUCAC